AUGCCGUCAAUAAUCCACUGGAUCCGCAGACACCGGGCGGCGUCCAUCGUGCUGGUCACGACCACACUGCUACUCCUUCAAACUUCAUCGUGGAAGGUCCGGCAGGAUGAAUCCUUUAUCGUCCCGAGUAUCCCCAUCAGCACUCACCCAGUACAGGCCAGCACCAAUUUUACUCCGCCCUUCCGCACCAGAGGCCGACACAUCCUGGAUGCGCUAGGAAGACCCAUCAAACUGGCUAGUAUCAACUGGUAUGGCGCAAGUGAAAGUGACUUUGUACCGGGUGGACUGGACGUGCGGCAUCGUGACGAGAUCGCACAGUUGAUCCUUGAUUUGGGGUUCAACAGCGUGCGGUUACCCUACGCCGACGAGAUCGUGAGCGACAACGCGGUAAUAGGGACCGGGGUAAUCGCGGCAAAUCAGGAUCUGUUACGCGGCGCGCCCCAGGGGUCGCCGCUUCGGGCGUUGGAUGUAUUUCACGCCGUCGUGGAGAGCCUGACGACGGCCGGGUUACUGGUCAUCGUCAACAAUCACAUCACGCAGGCAACAUGGUGCUGCGGGAUGAACCCUUGCGAUGCAAGUUGGUCGAACGAUUGGUUCGGAGGUCAACUAUUGUGUCGCGUCUCACAAACCGAAGAAGAUUGGAUGCGCAACUGGGAAAAGGUGAUGCGGCCGCUGGUGGGGAACCCUCUUGUGCUGGGAGCGGACCUGCGAAAUGAAGUACGCGGGCUCUGGGGAACGAUGCACUGGGAAGAGUGGGCAAGUGCUGCGGAAAAGGCAUCGGAGCGAUUGCUGGCGAUGAAUCCGAACUGGCUCAUGAUCGUGGAGGGGAUAUCAUCAGCCAACGACUUAUCGGGGGUGCGCGAACGGCACGUGCAACUCAGCGUUCCGGAUAGGGUGGUUUACUCGGCACAUGUUUAUAAAUGGUCCGGCUGGGGCAGUCUACGCCCCUUUGGUGGACGGUCAUAUGAAGACUUUGCAGCGGAGAUGUGGAAGAACUGGGCUUAUCUGGUCGCCGAGGACACGGCUCCCGUGUGGGUGGGUGAAUUCGGCACACCUGAUGACCAGACGGACGGCGACCGCAACUAUUGGCGUCAUCUGGUGCAAUUUUUGAGCCAAGUCGAUGUAAGUUGGGGCUAUUGGGCGUUGAAUCCACGCAAGGCGACGGGCGAGUGGGAAAGCUAUGGGUUGGUGGGCGAUGACUGGGACUGGUCGAGUACUCGAUCUCAUGAUCGCCUUGCGGAUUUGCAGCGCUUGGGACUCAACUUUGAAGGAAGAUAUUCGUGA